UGGGCAUGUGGGGAAUGGGUGGUAUGCAAGCCAUGGCUGCCAUGAACAACAUGGCCAUGAACAACAUGGCUAUGAUGGGUUGUGGUUGGAAUCCGGCCAUGGCUAUGGCCGGUAUGCAGGCCUCGGUUCCCUUGACGAGCCUAGCAACUUCCAGUGUGGUUGCCGAAGGAUCAGGCGAGGAAGGUGCCCGGAGCAAGGCAUCCGGAGCCCCGCCAGCCAUUCCGCCAGCCGCCCUGCCCGACGCUCCCACGGCACCGCCGCCUGCGCCGCCUGCGCCGCCUGCGCCGCCUGUGCCUGCGCCGCCUGUGCCUGCGCAGCCGACACAGGUGAAGAAUCCGCCGCGGACUGCAGGAGUCACGGUGAUCAUGACCAUGACGGCCGAGAACGACCAGGGCUACAUCGUGGAGAAAGACGAAGAGAUCAUCAACGAGAUGCUGGACACCGAUUGGUCGCACUUUCUUCGACUGGUCGGCCCAGAUCCGGAGGCUUCGAUGGGACGAGGUUCAGCCGUCGCUAUUGGUGUCCAAGAGGUUGCCGAAAAGAUCAGCGAGGCGCAGGCUCUCUUUGUAGUGCCGCAAGUCGGCAAGACGGGUGAGGAACUUGCUGUGUCCGCAGCCAUGGGUGGUGGAAGAAGUUACAUCCUCUCCACCAUCCAUGAGUUGUACCAGGAGGUCAGCAAGUGGCGUUGUGCCGCCAUCCUGAAGGGUGCGGCGCCUCUCUCCUCCUCCAGGAAACGCGCAAGG